ACUGCAGCACUGCUCUACAGGCAUCCCAGGCCAGCCUACCCCCAGCUGUCGCCGACAUGGAACCCGUGGCCAGCAACAUCCAGGUCCUGCUGCAGGCGGCCGAGUACCUGGAGCGCCGCGAGAGAGAGGCUGAACAUGGCUAUGCGUCCCUGUGCCCGCACCGCAGUUCAGGCCUAGUCCACAGGAGGAAGCAGCGAGUCCCCCAAGCUCCCAGCGCGCUGGACAGUGGGCGGUCUGUACACAACGAGCUGGAGAAGCGAAGGAGGGCCCAGCUGAAGCGGUGCCUGGAGCAGCUGAAGCAGCAGAUGCCCCUGGGGGCUGACUGUGCCCGAUAUACCACUCUGAGCCUCCUGCGCAGAGCCAGAGUACACAUCCAGAAGCUGGAGGAGCAGGAGCGGCGGGCCCAGCGGCUGAAAGAGAAGCUGCGCAGCAGGCAACAGAGCCUGCAACAGCAGUUAGAGCAGCUCCAGGCACCAGCAGGUCUGGGUGAGUGGGAGCGGCUGCGGGCAGACAGCCUGGACUCCUCAGGCCUUUCCUCUGAGCGUUGGGACUCAGACCAAGAGGAGCUGGAAGUGGAUGUGGAGAGCCUUGUGUUUGGGAGCAAAGCAGAGCUGUUUCGGGGCUUCAGCACCGGCAAGGAGCACAGCUACUCACACAGCGAUGGUGCCUGGCUAUGA